CCAGUGUAUUAACAGUUACCAGGAUCAGAAUCCAUGUUAGCUCAGUGGCAGGAAAGCGUUCCAGUUUAUAAACAGUUGCUAAGAUCAGCUCACACGGGCGCCUUCGCCAUCCUAAGCCAUCUGCUUUGUUAGAUCAGUGGCAAGCGUUCCAGUUAAUCACCGGUCCAAAAACUGGCAACAUUCAGUUGUAUUCCAGGUCAGUGGCAGGUAAACGCGUUCCAGUGUAUAAACAGUGAGCGAAGAUCAGCACACACAGCUCCUCGAUCGACCAUCUGCCUUGUUAGCGUUGUAAUUUAUUCAGACAAUACGAAUCUCCUUAGAGCGACACCGGGCCAAGUUAUACAAAAAACACCUGCUCAUUACUAAACAAUAUACACAAGGCAAUUGAACGGUCGUAGUUUCUUUAAAAUAACAUUAAAAAGUAACAAAAACAACUCGGUUAGUUCACUUCCGCUCCGAGGCGAUUUGCGACAGUUUUCGCAACAUUCUAACGAGGAAAUCGAACGCGAUUCUUGUCCGGGAAACUUUGGGAUAAUCGAGCAAAUUUCGAUAUAAAUAUAUUCCCUUUGUUUUGUAAGUGAUUAGACCUAAUAUAUUAAUAAAGUACAACUAUUUCGAAGCAGUGUAAAAAGCUUGAAACGGCCAAAGAAACGGAUUUUCCGCAAGGAUUCACAAAGUUCUUUUUGGAAAUCGAACAUCGAAGCGAAGCCAAGAGUUGAUAUAAAAACCCGGCGAACUCAUGGAGGGAAGAAUGGCCUUCAAGCGGCCUCACGACGGCAAUCCGUCUCUAAAUUACGACGAUCGUUUUCACUACAAUAUUUACAGACAAACACAACCAUUUACGGCAGCCGCUUCGCGUAGAAAGAAUUUCGCGGAUGAUUUGAAAGUUCCCGAAGUCCCGAACGAAAGAAAUGGUUCGUCAUUUAGCGGAAGCCUUGCCGAGGUUUACGAAAAAGCCCUGAACAACGUCCUCAAUAUUCAACCAAAUUUCAAAAUGGACGAAGGUCACAGCGACAGGAAAGAAACGACGGAGAAAAAGCCCCUAUCGGCAUUAGACACUCUCCAGUAUCAACCGCCGGGUGGGUGCAAGUUCCCACAUAGCGAGACGAACACGCUUCAACGAGUUAGCGACGACAAAAAACUUAAUCCGACCAACAAAUCCGCAUUUCAUGUCCCGGAGAAAAGGCGCGUGCCAACCAGCCAAUCACGUUACGGAAAUUGGUCACAUGAACACCCCUUUCCUUAUCCGGUAAACUAUCCCGGGGAAUACUACCCAAUCGUUCACCGGCCGCCGUUUUAUCCUCAGUACGAUAAUUUUUACCUCGAAAGGUUGAAUUAUUAUCCUGAGCCGCGAAGGCGGGAUUUUCCCAUCUUUACGCACGUGUUGCCAUGGUUACAAUUCGAGAGAGACCAUAAACCAAUUACGUCAUCGCCUACGAAGCCAAUGACGUCAUCAAGAUUUGCGCAUUUGCCCGCAGAGGGUAAUUUGGGAUACAAUACGAUAAAAGACACUAAGAAUGUGACCCAACUUACAUUCGGUACCAAGUCGCUGGCACGCGAUGACAAGACCGCUGAGCAAAAGCAGAGCGAGAACGCGGGCGCUGAAAAUCACGAAGACUUGCGCGUGCGCGGUGGCGAAAAGUGUGCCAAAAGUCCAGACUUUUUGAACGUGAAGACGAGGCGCAUGCGUGCGUUUGAGAAAAGGAAUGACUUUAACAACACUAGCAGAAAGGGCACCUUUGGCAGCCCAAAAGAGGAGUUCCUUUUUAGUCUGGGUUUGACAAGGGUGGAUCACAACGGGUGAUCGAGUGUAGAUUGUCACAGUACAUCGUAGGAUAUAUAAGGGGUUUUGUAGAAUCGACCGUUAGGGUUUGAACUAUCAGUUAUCAGGGGGGUAACUAAACCAAAUUAUUGCGGCCGGGGGGGGUGGGGUGCAUAUACAGAUAUUCAUGUUUACAUAACAUAGGAACAAAAGCUUUUAACAGAAAUCAGCCCGGCGUAAGAGAAAAUAUAUGAAUAUACAUCUCAAUAUUCAAACCUCCAGUUUCCCUCCCGGAUUCAGGUAGUCUCUAGCUUUGAGAGAAGCGCAUCUAUCUAUCCACAAUGCUUUGCGGGCAUUACAUGCCAACGCUUUGAUUGAAAGCACUGGGGCUAAUUACCGGAAGCAACGUACUGUUGGGUUAAUCCACGAUCGCCAUUCCCUUUCAAUUCGUCGUUUCUUGCGUGAUUGCACAAGGCCGCAGCUAGAAACUUUGUUGGGGUGUGUAUAUGAUUCAUAUAUUCGUCUUAUGCCAGACAGAUUUCUUUUGUAGGCUAUUGUUCCUAUGAUAUGUAAACAUGAAUAUACGAAUAUACACCGUCCAAUUAGGCGUCUAGCUACGACCCU